AUUUGCGCAGCAGUGCAGCUGCUGUACUCCAGAUUGGGGGACAUAUAGGGGCUGAGGACCUCCACUCAGGGGGACAAACUUAGGCCGUCACCAUGCUGCAAGAAAUCAUGGCAAAUGUUUUACGGCUCCACGCCCUCGUUAUACAGAGAACUGAUGACCGGUUGAGGGGCUACCUAUUGAUGCACAGCCCCGUACUGAUGACCCUCAUCUUGUUGACCUACGUCUUCCUCUCGGUGUACGCGGGACCCCGCUUCAUGGCCAACCGCAAGCCCCUCGACCUCAAGGCCCCCAUGGUGGUCUACAACUUUUCCAUGGUAGUCAUGAAUGGAUACAUAGUGCAUCAGUUCUUAGUGUGGGGAUGGGGAACGACGUACUCGUGGCGGUGUGAUCUGUGUGACUUCUCAAGCAGCACACAGGCCCUUGGGAUGGUUCGAGCAUCCUGGAUCUUUUAUAUUUCGAAGUACAUUGAGCUUCUUGACACUCUAUUCUUUGUCCUGAGAAAGAAACAGAGCCAGAUCACGUUCCUCCAUGUCUUCCACCACUCGUUUAUGCCCUGGACCUGGUGGUGGGGCAUCACCCUGACCCCUGUCGCAGGAAUGGGCAACUUCCACUCCAUGAUAAAUGCAGGGGUCCACGUGAUUAUGUACUUCUACUACGGGCUCUCGUCUGCAGGACCCCGCUUCCAGAAGUACCUCUGGUGGAAGAAGUACUUGACAGCCGUCCAGCUGAUCCAGUUCAUUAUGGUGUCGGUGCACAUCAGCCAAUACUACUUCAUGAAGGACUGCGACUACCAGGUGCCUCUGUGGAUCCUCCUCAUCUGGAUGUACGGAACGUUAUUCUUCUUCCUCUUCGCCCACUUCUGGGUGCAGGCCUACAUUAAGGGCAAGCGGCUCCCCGUGGCCCACCCCAAGGAGAACGGCGUGGCACCCGCCACGGUCAAGGAACUAGAAAACGGAACGGCGCCCUACCUGUCAAACGGCAAAGUGCUCGUGAACAAAGUAAAGGAAAUCUAACCUUUUUUUUUUUUUUCCACUGAAGAGAGAGAGACAAAAAUGACAAUCUAUCGGAGCUCCAGGAAUGCCAUCGAGUUCACACGGUUACUGGUCAACUGAAUGAAAUUUCUGUAAUUAUAUUUAUGCACUGAUUUUUUUGGGGACGAAUGGAUUUUACAGUUUGGUGUCUGCUUGCCACAUUGUUUUCAGAUUAUUCGUUUGUUAAACUCGACCGUGAUAUACACUGGAUGAAGAUAGUCAAUUGUCACUGAUGGUAUUCCCAGACUCGAUUGACAGUUGGAUUAACCCUUUCCUCGGGAGGAUUCGCACAAUUCCUGAAAAGACUACCACAUGCAAGUUGUUGCUACGCAGGUUGUCAAGAAUGUUGUCAUUGUAUCCAAGUGUCCAAUGUUUCGUAUUUUUUCUUAAUUUUUAAUUUAACUGAGUAAAUGUUUUGAGAUCAAAUAAAUGUGUUGCUUCGACAUCA